AUGCAGACUUUCAGAGAAUGUGCUGAUGACACAACGUCACCGCAGCAACAGCAGCAGCAGCAGCAGCACCCUGAAUAUUGGCUAGUUUCAUUGCCUACCUUCCUUGGUGUUCAUAUGACUGAAGGUGGACAGCGAAGUUCUAAGCUGUGGACAUUGAGUCAUGAUGUUGUAGAGGUGAGGGAUGGUGAGGAACGAUACAGCGUACCCAGUUCGAUGGGAUCAAGCAUACCAAGACAGCCUUCUGGACAUGGGAAAGAGAAGAGAUGGUGGAGACCGGUGUCAACAGGUUGUUCUGUCAGGCCUGGCCGUGGCGCUGCCGAUGUGGUGUGGACACAUCGCUGGAUUUCAGCUAAGGCCACCCACUUCGUGUGGGAUUGCCACGUCCUUGGCCUCGACAUGUCGAAAGCAUUCGACACCAUUAGCCGCACAAAGCUCCUUGCUGUUAUGUCAGAGAUUACCGGACCUGACGAGGCUUGCCUGAUUCACCAUUUGCUGUAUGGUACAACACUCUCUGAGAAAGUGGGUGCCACUUCAGCGGAGGCUUUUGUUAGCACGCUAGGUACACCACAGGGUGAUGGGCUGAGCCCGGUUCUGUUUUUUUGCUACCUGGAAGCAGCACUGAGGGAGACUCGAAGCAAACUACCACCACGGCCAGACACUGAUGCAGCAAUACCACCGGAAACAGGAUAUGCCGAUGACAUUUCCUUCUUUUCAACGGAGCGACAAUGGCUUGCCAACUCCCUACCCGUGAUAGCUGACGGCCUGGGUGACUGGUCACUCAACGUUAACAGCAGCAAAACAGAGUGGCUUCACAUCUCUGCCUCCACCACCGAAUGGCGAAGAUCGAAGCAACUUGGCUCUCUCUUGGGGGAAGAGGUGGACUUGAGCCGACGAAUGGACCAAGCAUCAACAUCGUAUGGCCGCAUGUAUUCGCUCUGGAUACAACGUCAACUUGCAUCCGAGGAAACCAGGCUUCGUCUCUACAAUGCCAUCUUCCUACCAACACUGUUAUACAACUGCGAAACCUGA